AUGGACGACCAGAGUGCGGAAUGGACGUUGACGUUGCGGCAAGUGUUUCAGGACGUGCAGCUCCAGGCCGUCGAGAGCAGUCGCUACGUCCGUCAGGCGUCCGGUGCUGCGCAUCAGCAGACGCUCGUGCCGGCCGUGCGUCGCCUCCAGACGCUCUUCCGCGACGAAGUGAGCGACGGCAAGCGCCACGUGGUCGAAGAGUCAUUUGUCGUGUUUCUCGACGAGCUGUGGGCAGCGGUUGUGCGCGUGCUGGUCACGCCAAAGGUCAGUGACGUUGUCGUGCUCUCGAUCGCGUCGCUCGUGGGCGCGUUCCUGCACUGGCAGCAGCACAAGGGCAACGAGUGGAAAGGCACGAGGGAAUUGCGGGCCGAGCUGCUCAAGCGCCUCGUGGCAGCGACUGAGGCCGACGACCGCGUCGUGCGGCUGAGGGCGUGCCACGUUCUGCAUAUUGUCGUGAACGCGCUGGACGUGGCCCACGAGGACGCAGAAAUCGUGACGCUAUUGCGACACGCGAUGCUACGACGACUGCGGGACAAGCUGACGUCCGUUCGUAUUCAGAGUGUCUAUGGGCUGAAGAAACUCCAGCAACAGCAAGUCGGGGAAGACGUCGACGGAGAUGGAGGCGGCGUCGACGGAGAGGACGAGGUGGCUCGGGAGCUCCGGACGCUCAUGGUGGCAGACCCUUCCAAAGACGUUCGGAAAGCUGCGUUGCUGAGUGUGACGGUAAACAAGACGACGUACCAGAACUUGCUCGUUCGCAUUCGUGACGCGAGCGAAGACGUGCGCUUUGCUGCGUUCCAUACAAUUGGCACAGAAAUGCCAUUGGCUAAGAUUCCGAUUCAUGAUCGCGUGCAUCUACUGGAUCAAGGCUUGCAGGAUCGUGCUGCGCGCGUGAGGAGGGCGUGCGAGCACAUGGUUCUUCAGAAAUGGUUUGUGGAAUGUGAGUCGUCACCGAUGUUGCUGCUUAAGGCAUUGGACAUUGAGCAGUGUCCCAGUAUCGGCUCAAAAGUGUCGCAUUUGCUGCUAAAGCACUUUUCGGAGCAGCCGCGAGCAAUGUUGGGGAAUAAAGGCGUUGCCGAGUUCAAUGCGUUGGAGUUGCUGUCGGAGAACAGUGAUGCGUUCAAUGCCGAGAGCAUCUUCUUUUGGAAAGAGCAGUGCUACUACUACCAGAAGAUCGACAAUGAUCCGGACAAGGCGGCGGCUCUUGUACCAAACGUGUCGGAUUUCAGCAAAUUGCUCGUGACCACGUGCAAAGCCCAGAGUGACGUCCUCUUUAUCGCACAGCAGUUGCUGGAAUUUGGACAUUUGCUAGACUUUCAGGAUGAGUUUGGACGACGCACUUUGCUGGACUCCCUGCAGAAAUUGCUGUGCGACGUGGAAACUGACAGCAUGUUGAUCAAAGGAAUCAUGGAGUUGAUGGCCUUUGUAUACUCUGGAAGCUCUGAGCAAGAGUUUAUCCAGGUCGUUGCUGAAACUAUCUCUGACAUGUACGAUUCUGUGGAGGCAAACAAUCAAGAAAGCUCUCCAUUGCAGCACGAGAACUCCGAGGUUCCUUCUUCGCAACAGGAGUUGUUGACUGAAAACGAGGCACUAGCGCUGAAUUUCGGUCCUCAGUUGCAGAAGCUGAGUGAGGAAGAGCGCGAGGCAGCUGAAAUCAAGUUUGAAGAGCUAGAAAAGCACUUGGAAACGCUUGAGUUCGAUUCGGAAGAGUACAAUCAAGUUCAGGCGGAGAUGUUGAAGCUGGAGACGAUAUUGCAAGACCCGAGAGUGCUCAGCUGGCUUCGGUGCCUCGAGAUUGUUGCUCAGCUACUCAAAUUGACGUCUCACAAUUUGAGCGAUCCUGUCGUGGAGGGAAUGGGUCGUUACAUUUUGCCUGCGAUUGACAGUGAUGUACCAGCGCUGCGUGAAGCGGGUCUGGAGAACCUUGGACUGUUCUGUCUGCUUGACAAGCGUGUGGCUGAGCGCUAUUUGAUUGUGUUUUGGCGCGCAUUGAAUAACCCGGACGAAGAGAGCGAGGUGAAGCACACGUGCGUCCAGGCAAUUCUGGACACGACGUUUAGUUUCUCGGAUCUCCAUCCACACAUCUUUGGUGCGAAGCCAGCUGACGAUAGCAGUGAAGCUGGACGAGAGGAGAGCGCCCAUGCUGCUGACGAGGAUGCAGCUCACAAUGGCGAUGAUGUGAGUACAAAUGAAGGCGUAGACCAAGAUAAAAGAAAUAACGAAGGCACAGAAGGGGGCAGCAAAGCGGCGCCAGCAACGGUUACCGAAAGACUGGAUCUCGACACCAUAUUUAUUGGUCUGGCCCAACUGAUCACCGUGGAUGACCUGGACCUCCAAAGCACCAUUGUCGAAGGCUUCUGCCGUUUGUUCAUGAUGAACCGGAUCGAUAAUGUUACAGUGCUGGCUAUCGUGCUCGAGACGUACUUCAGUCCGGAGCUUCAGAGUGUGCAGAAACGUAGCGAACAUGGCUUCCAGUCACGCUCGCUCCAGUUGUUGAGCAUCUUUUUCCCAGCAUUCGUGAUGGCCACGACAGCAAAUUGUAUGCUGCUGGAGGAGGCCGUCACGCAUUUGAUCCAAAAGUCGAUGGAGAAGGAAGACAUGGAGAGCGAUUCGAUGCUUGACUUGGGUGUUUGUGCUAAGUACGUCAUGCACCUGUUGAGCCACAACGAGCAAGAAGAAGAGGCUGCUCUGCAAGCAUCGGGUAAGAAGCGAACGAAGCAAGGGGGGAGACGACACUGUGCGCACCACAAUCGGAUCGGUAUUACGAUUUGCCUAGAGAUGCUUGCGCUAGGAAAAGUGGCCGCGCUUCCAUCUAUUCACCACGACGUUGUGACGACGCGACAAAAGGCUCUUCUCAAGAUGAUCGUUUGGGUGGACGUUACGCUAGACGAACAGCGAUCUGCCGCGCUGUUCAAGUACUUGUUGCAAGAAACCACCUCGUUCUGUUUUAGCUCUCAGAAAGGGUUGCUGCGAAGUGCAGAGGCCGUGUUGAAACGCAUUGUGGCGAGCUUUGCGGAACAAAGCACAAGCCAAAGUGACGACCAGCAGGUAGCUGCUCUAGAACAGGAUCAGGCAUGGGCUCAUGGUCUCGUAGGAGAGCGUGAAGAAGUGCUGCGCAAGGUGCUCGUGAUAGCAAGUGCCGAGCACGAAAAGUGGCUGAAGAAACAGGAGAGAGAGAAGAAGGCCCAGCGACGAAGGACGGCACGGUACGUCUCGUCUGACUCAAGUGACUCGAGCGAGAGCGACGAGGACGGCGUCAAUGAGCCAGCAGCUGCGCCCGCACGCCGCGAGCUCUCGUCCCGUCGGAGCAAGACAGCGGCUGUGAACCGAAUGCAGGAGAAGGAAGGCGAGUUUGACGCCAAGAUAAAGCAGGCGCUGCUGGACGACAACGCGGACCCGGAGGACGACGAGGACGAGUACGACGAGGAGGAGAGCGAGAGUGGGUCAGGUGGUGACGAAGAAGAAGGAGAAGAAGAGGAGGAGGAAGCAUCUGCGUCUGAAGACGCUUCGGACGACAGUGAGUGA